AUGGCUAAAAAGAAGAGCAAAAAGAAGUGCCAAAAUGGCAUUGCUGCCGUUCAACUAGACAACGAACUUGCAGAACGUAGUUCACGACCGUCCCUCAGCAACGGAGGCCAGCCCGGAUUAGAUGGACCAUGGAGUAGAGACGACGGUACUCUGUACCAACAAAUCUUCAACUCAGACCAGUUCACCUUUUUCGUCGGCGAUCAACGCAAACCCAUCGUCGUUCACUCGGCCGCCAUCGCACUCCAGUCCCAAGCUCUGCAGGCUCUCAUCAAUAGCUGCAUGUCUGAAGCGCAGGCACGACCAGCAGAGAUGACCGAUAUUAAAGAAGCAGACUUCAUCCGCUUUUGUCAGUUCUCUUACACAGGCGACUACACCUCCCCACCACCGACUGUCGAGGAGCCACUCGAGCUGAAGGAACAGGAGACGAAAAUGGCUGCUCUACAAGGCGAGCCUGUGCCUGAGCAA